AUGGCCGUCACCAAGUCUUCCACCUGCUGCCGUCAAGGCGAUGAGCCCUGCGCCUGUGCCCAGCAAGCUACCUGCUCUUGCGGCAAAAUGUCCGCCCUCCAGUGCCAGUGCGACAAGGCCGCCACCGAAAACGUCCUCUCCGGCCCCCGAUGCUCGUGCCGUGCCCGUCCUGCCGGUGAAUGCACAUGCUCCCGCGCCGCCUCAGAGAACGCAAAGGUCUCUGGUGCGACUUGCGAGUGCGGCUCCCGCCCUGCCAACGAGUGCACCUGCGAAAAGGCGCAGGACGGCAGCUUCAACCCUGCUCUCGAGAUUGACUUUACUUCCUACCGCAAGUAA